CGUGACUCCGAGUAGCCUCUGCUAGCUAACCCCCAACGAUAGAGGAAAAUCCAUCCAGGGAAUUUUUGCAAAACGAGACCAAAUCGAUUGAAAAAACGCGGAGAGGACUACGCUUCGCUGCAGGAGGUUUACCUGCAACCCUUAAAAGACCCAAUGGCUACCGACAUGCCCAUGGACACGGUGCCGACUCCUCACCCUGCCCCAACCUCACUCCCUGACCUUGCCCCAGCCUCUCCUGCUCUGAGUGCCAGUGCAGCACCAGACCAGAUUCCCACCCAGGAACCACAAAUAGGUGAAAUCCCAAACGUGAUGACUUCUUCAGAACAUGACGCUGCUCCAGGUCUUUCUGCGGCUCUGCCUACAGACCCAGGUGUGGUCCCAGGUGUGGUCCCAGGUGUGGUCCCAGGUGUGGUCCCAGGUGCGGCCUCAGAUGUAGCCCCAGGAGUGGCCCCAGGAGUAGCCUCAGGCAUGGCCCCAGACCCUGUUCCAGGGUUUGAGCUGCCCUCAGCCCCUCUGCCACCAGCCAGUGCCAAGAACCCCAGCUGCAAGAUAAUGACUUUCAGGCCUACCAUAGAGGAGUUUAAAGACUUCGCCAAAUACAUUGUCUACAUGGAAAGUCAAGGAGCGCACCGUGCUGGUCUAGCAAAGGUGAUUCCCCCGGAGGGCUGGAAACCAAGGAAGUCCUAUGAAACUAUCGAGGAUAUGGUGAUUCCAGCUCCCAUCAUGCAGGUGGUGACUGGACAGUCGGGUCUGUUCACCCAGUACAACAUCCAGAAGAAGUCUAUGACUGUAAGCGAGUACCGCAAACUGGCCAACAGCAAAAAGUACUGCACCCCUCGGCACAAAGACUUUGACGAUCUAGAGAGGAAGUACUGGAAGAACCUGACAUUUGUGUCUCCCAUUUAUGGUGCUGAUGUCAGUGGCUCCAUCUAUGAUGAGGAUAUUCAAGAGUGGAACAUUGGCCAUCUCAACACGCUGCUUGAUAUGGUGGAGCAGGAGUGUGGCAUCGUCAUUGAGGGUGUCAACACUCCCUACCUGUACUUCGGCAUGUGGAAGACCACAUUUGCCUGGCACACUGAGGACAUGGACCUCUACAGCAUUAACUACCUGCACUUUGGACAGUCCAAGUCCUGGUAUGCUGUCCCACCUGAGCACGGCAAGAGGCUGGAGAGGCUAGCACAAGGCUUUUUCCCCGGCAGCUCCCAAGGUUGCGAUGCCUUCCUUCGCCACAAGAUGACGCUGAUAUCUCCUUCCAUCCUGAAGAAAUAUGGCAUUCCUUUUGACAGGAUAACUCAGAAUGAAGGGGAGUUUAUGGUUACCUUUCCUUACGGCUACCAUGCUGGCUUCAACCAUGGCUUCAACUGCGCAGAGUCCACAAAUUUUGCCACGCUGCGCUGGGUGGACUAUGGAAAAAUGGCAACCCAGUGUACCUGUCGUAAAGACAUGGUGAAGAUCUCCAUGGACGUGUUUGUGCGCUGCCUGCAGCCGGAUCGCUACGAGCUGUGGAAGCAGGGCAAAGAUAUCACAGUGUUGGACCACCUUAAGGCUACUGUGCUUAGCAGCCCCGAACUAGAGCGCUGGAGGGAACACCGUGUCAGCUACCGUGCAAAUGUCUUGAGAAGAGCCAUGCAGAAGAUGAAGCAGGUCCGUCGUCUAAAACUGGAGGAGGUGAAGGUGCUGGCCCAGGAGGGGAUUGAGCUGAAUGCUGCCGAAUACCAGCGUCAGGUGGAGGAGCGUGAGGCCCAGCGGAGGCAGGAGAGAGAGGAGCGUCUAGCUAAAGAGGCCAUGAUGACUCUGGAGGCCAUGGAGCGUGAGGAGCAGGAGGCUGCCGAGGCCGCUGUUAAAGCUGCAGAGGCUCCAGCUGUAGAGGCACAAGAAGCCGGGGCCAAACCACAGAACCUGACAGAGGACACUGAGAAAAAGAAGCAGAAAAAGCAGAAGAAGAUGUCAAAUAUCCAUAACUCCAUCACUGGAUUUGAGGCAGCAUUUGAGCAUUUUGCUACGUCUGGCAGCGCCAUGGUCAGUCACCCAGAGGUGGAGAACCCUCUUACUCCAAGACAGAGUGACAUCCCAGCAGACAGCAAGCUUGAUGCAUGCUACUCCAAGGUGAAGAUGCCAAAGGAGGUCAAAAAGAGUCGCCGUCACCCCCUCAGCAAGCCGCCCAUGCGCUCCCCUCUGUCCAUCCUCAAGCAAGACCCGACCAGCGAUAAAGAGCUGUCCUCCCCCAUGCCACUGGACAGCGACAUGAAGAAACAGGAGCACCUGUGGCAGAAUCACUCGCCCAACUUCCUGGCAGAGAAGGCCUUCAAUGCUGCAGUGGCAGCACUCCAACCACACUGCGCGAUCUGUUCACUCUUCUGUCCCUACACAAAGCCACACAAAGACCCUUUUAUUUUGAAGGACACCCAGCAUGCCUCCCUUCCCCGUCUUUCUCGUCCCCUGGUCCCAGAGAUGUGCUUCAGUGUUGGUGCAGGCAACACUGAGCCUCCGCCCACUAGCUAUCGCAUUGGAGAGGAUGGAACCAGUCCUCUGCUCUGCUGUUCAUCAUGCAACAUGCAGGUUCAUGCCAGCUGUUACGGUGUAAAACCAGACUCUGUCAGUGAUUCCUGGAUGUGCUCCAGGUGUGCAGCGGGAGCCUGGAUAGUGGAGUGUUGUCUCUGUAACUUACGGGGAGGAGCUUUGAAGACUACCACAGACAAUCGGUGGGUCCAUGUCAUCUGCGCCAUCGCUGUGCCCGAAGCUCGCUUUGUAAACGCCAUUGAGAGGGAGCCAGUGGACGUCACUGCGGUUCCAGAUACACGCAAGAAUCUGAAGUGUGUGUUCUGUCAUGGCAAGACUGCCAGUCAGAACCGUGGCGCCUGCAUCCAGUGCUCAUACGAGAACUGUGCCACAUCCUUCCACGUCACCUGCGCCCAAAUCGCUGGAGUUGUCAUGACGCCUGCCGACUGGCCCUACGUAGUGUCUGUCACCUGCCAGAAGCAUAAAAGGGUCCCUCCAAAGCCUCGGACAGUACCCAAAGGCCCGCAGGCUCUGAUUCUGGGCCAGAAGGUGAUAGGUCGCAACAGUGACGGCUGGUACUACCACUGCACCAUCAUUGGCAUGGCAACGCAGACAUUCUACGAGGUCAACUUCGAUGAUGGCUCAUACUGUGACAACCUUCACCCAGAAAACAUACUAAGUCAUGACUGCCUGCGUACUGGUCCUCCUGAGGUGGGGGAGUUGAUUGUGGUCAGCACUCCGGAGGGUCAGGUUGUCAACGCUUCCUAUGUCAGACAGCACACCCACAAAUUCUACCAGGUUGAGUUUCUGGAUCAGAGCCAGCUGAUACUGAAACAUUCAGAGAUCCAUCAGCUCGACCAGGAGUUGCCCAAGAGGGUCAGAGCCAGACUGGUCCUGAGUGAUCCGUAUUAG